CCGCGUCAUGGUCCCUACCACCACCUGCCCGCCCACCCGGCCCGUAUAAAGACGCCGUCGGCCUUGCCCCCGGGACUCGGCCCCAUGGAGACACCGCCGGCCGUGGCUGGCACACGGCGAGGAGCUGUGACAGGUGCAUUCCGUGAGUCUGAGCUGUGAGUGGCCAGUUGAGAGAGGCCCAUCCCAGAAGCCAGCCCAGCCAUGAGUCUGUGGGAACUUGAAGACAGCCACAGCUGCCAUGGUACCCCCAGGCCAGCCCAGGAGCCCACCGCUGAGGAGGCCUCAGCUGCGGAGCUGCAGAUGAAGGUGGACUUCUUCCGGAAGCUGGGCUACUCAUCCACUCAGAUCCACAGUGUCCUGCAGAAGCUGGGGGUCCAGGCGGACACCAACACAGUGCUGGGCGAGCUGGUGAAACAUGGGUCAGCAGCCGAGCGCGAGCGCCAGGCCUCAUCGGACCCCUGCCCUCAGCUCCCUCUGGUCCCCCGGGGUGGGGGCACCCCCAAGGCUCCCACCCUGGAGCCCUCAUCCCCAGAGGAGGACAAGGAGGGCAGUGACCUGCGGCCCGUGGUCAUCGAUGGGAGCAAUGUGGCCAUGAGCCAUGGGAACAAGGAGGUCUUCUCCUGCCGGGGCAUCCUGCUGGCGGUGAACUGGUUUCUGGAGCGGGGCCACACAGAUAUCACUGUAUUUGUACCGUCCUGGAGAAAGGAGCAGCCUCGACCCGAUGUGCCCAUCACAGACCAGCACAUCCUGCGGGAGCUGGAGAAGAAGAAGAUCCUGGUGUUCACCCCGUCGCGGCGCGUGGGCGGCAAGCGGGUCGUGUGCUACGACGACCGCUUCAUCGUGAAGCUGGCCUGCGAGUCCGACGGGGUCGUGGUCUCCAACGACACGUACCGGGACCUGCAGGGCGAGCGGCAGGAAUGGAAGCGCUUCAUCGAGGAGCGGCUGCUCAUGUACUCUUUCGUCAACGACAAGUUCAUGCCCCCUGAUGACCCCUUGGGCCGUCACGGGCCAAGCCUGGACAACUUCCUGCGGAAGAAGCCACUCACGGCCGAGCACAGGAAGCAGCCAUGUCCCUAUGGGAGGAAGUGCACCUAUGGGAUCAAGUGCCGAUUCUUCCACCCCGAGCGGCCGAGCCGCCCGCAGCGCUCCGUGGCUGACGAGCUCCGUGCCAAUGCCCUGCAGUCACCCCCUAGGGCCCCGGGCAAGGACAGAAGUGGCCAGCGGCCUUCACCUUCAUCUCAUCCUGGAUCUCUGCCAACAGAGCAGGAGCAGUGCAGCCUGGAUGGGAAGAAGCUGGGAGCCCAGGCAUCCCCAGGGCCCCCCCGAGAGGGUCUGACACAGACCUUUGCCCCGACGGGCAGGAGCCUCCCACUCAGCGGGGGCAGUGGCGGCAGCUUCGGGCCCACAGACUGGUUCCCGCAGACCCUGGAUUCUCUGCCCUACACCUCCCAGGAUUGCCUGGACUCGGGCAUUGGCUCCCUGGAGAGCCAGAUGUCAGAACUGUGGGGGGUUCGAGGAGGAGGCCCUACUGAGCCAGGCCCACCUCGGGGCCCUUAUGCUGGCUACAACCCAUACGGGGCUGAGCUCCCAGCCACUCCAGCCUUCUCUGCCUUUGGCCGGGCUAUGGGUGCCGGCCACUUCAGUGUCCCUGCCGACUAUGGCCCCCCGCCAGCUGCCUUCCCACCUCGAGAGUACUGGUCUGAGCCCUACCAGCUGCCCCCUCCCACCCCAGUCCUGCAGGAGUCCCAGGUGUCCAGCCCAGGGGCUGACAGGAGCCCAUGGGGCGGGGCAGGUGGCCUGGGCAAGGAGCGAGCCAGUGUGUACACCAAGCUGUGUGGCGUCUUCCCCCCACACCUGGUGGAGGCCGUGAUGGGGCGCUUCCCGCAGCUCCUGGACCCCCAGCAGCUGGCGGCCGAGAUCCUCUCUUACAAGUCUGUGCACCUCAGUGAGUAAGUGGCCCUGGUGGCCCUCCUGGGUAGUACCUCCAGCCUCCGAGGGCCGUCAGGCUGGGCAGCCCGUUCCCAGCCCUGAGGCCCACCCUGGAGGCUGCACAGAGGAAGGAUUAAAGUAGGGAAGGGAACCCACAAACCAAAGAUACUGUAGGAUUGGUCCUGGCCCGCGUGGCGCCUCUCGCCGUGCGCCCGUGCAGGUCAGGAACGAUCGCCCUGUUGAUACACAUUGUAUCUCUGUAGUUUAAGGAGACGCUGCCAGUACCGGCCGUCGGUCCAUGGCUGAAGCCCAAACCCUCCUUUCUCUCAGAGGGCGGGGAGGGAGGCAGGGGGAACAGAGGCCUGGGCUGGGGACCCUGUGCACGGCCCCCCACCUCCGCCCCGUCCCUGGGAUGCCGGCUUUGGCUGGCUAGUUGGGCACCGUGUGCCUGCCCUCCAAGGGCCCCUCCUCUAAGCCAAUGAGGCCUCGGCCGUGCUCCCUCGGGGGCACGAGGCUUCAUGUCAGUAAGCAAGAUGCUUCUUAAUAACCCACCUUCUGUCCCACUCUGUUUGCCUAGCCCAUUGCCCCUGCAGGGGGUCAAGGG